AUGUCUUUCUUUCGUGACCAUGAUCCACUUUAUGAUCCAUUUUACGAUCAAACUCUUGAAUUGAAUUAUCCCUAUACUACUACUUGGAACGAUUGGAAUAAUUGGCCUAUUAAUACUACCGAUCGUUGGAAUGAUCGCUGGGGAAAUCGUGAUCUUGGAACGACCGACAGGGGAGCACGACUUCGUGUACCUAUUCAAGAUCGCAUACCGCGUCAUGUUGAAUCGCGUGUAAUGACAGAAAAGGAAGGUGACGUUGUUUGGAGACCUGCUACCGACGUUUUUGAGACAAACGAUUAUUUUAUAAUUCAUUGUGAUUUGCCUGGAGUUCCUAAGGAAGAUAUUUCAAUCGAUCUACGUGAUCGUGAACUUAUCGUCCAAGGCGAAUCUAAGCGUGCUACCGCUUAUGAAACUGCAACAUUUCGUGUUCGUGAACGUAACCUAGGUCGUUUUCGGAAACACAUUUAUUUGCCUCGAGAUCUUUCCGGCGAAAAAAAGGACAUCGACGCAAAAUAUGAGAAUGGAUUGCUCGAAAUAAAGAUUCCUCGUGGAAAACAAGGAUCGAUAGAGGAUUCGAGUGAAGAAGAAGAAAAAGAGAUGAAUUGGGAGGAAUUGAUGAGUUCGGAGAGAAGACAGUAA